AUGCAAUCCACGCUAUUAAAGCUAGCUUUCUUGUUGCUAGCAGUAUUCACCCAUCUAUCCGCGGCACUCCACAUGGACUUGCUAGCAUUUACCAACCCGGAACCAGUCUGCAUUCGUGACUUUGUGCAAGAGAACCAGAUGGUGGUUGUCAACAUCCACACCGACGGCCACAAGGAUGACGGACAGCGUCUCGAUGUCAAGAUCACCGAUUCCGUGGGUAACAACUAUGCCACGAGAAAAAACAUUGUAGGCAAGGUUCGCAUUGCAUUCACUUCGCACAACAAUGCUGCUGUUGAUAUCUGUUUCAGGAACUUUGAGUUGGCUGAUUGGAGGAAACACGGCUCGAGAAACUCGCCUGUUCGCGCAGUGGAGUUGGAGAUUGAAAGUGGCUCUGCUGCGAGAGAUUGGAAUGCGUUGCAAGCUAGCGAGAAGUUGAAACCUAACGAGAUCGAGUUGAAGAAGAUUGAGAGUUUAACUGGUGAAAUCGUGCAAGAGUUGCAGUAUUUGAAGGCCAGAGAGGAGAGAAUGAGAGAUACGAACGAGUCUACAAACGCGAGAGUUAAGUGGUUUAGUAUCAUUAUUGUCGUUUGUCUUGUUGGAUUGGGUGCUUGGCAGAUCCAAUACUUGAGACACUAUUUCAAAGUGAAACAUAUCAUAUAG